UUUUGCAGUGUAGUUUUAUUUGGUUGGUAAAAAUGGCUCUCAGGUUGUAAAAGUUGCUGCCUCUUUCCCAGUUUUUUGUGUUUUCUCCUCCAGUCCCUCCAGACCUGAGCGGAUAGCCAGCGUUCUGGCUGCAGCCUCUCCAGAGCGGCCGGCCGGUCUGAGCGCCGGCCACCUGUCUUCGUCUCUUAUUACAGGAGUGAGGUCAGCCAUCAACCCUUCUCUCAUCAUCCUGCAUCUCAUGCCUCCAAAGGCCACCAGUGAUCCACAUCCCAGCCAACCUUUUCCAAAUUAAGGAUCGGAUUUACUCGCAGUUACAAAUAGUUUUGUGAGGACAAACGAUUGGAUGUUUUCAUCCGGCUGAUUAUUGGGAGGUGAGACCCAGAAGUGGGACGGAAUAAUUAGAUUAUCCACGACGUUCCCGGAGGAUUUCGCUUUAUAAACCCGCGUUUUCAACAGUUAUUUACUCAUCGCCGUCGGUGAACAUCCGUUACCGUCCAGAGUCGCCAUGUCUUUUCCAGAAGAACAUGGAGGCCAUCAGGAGGAUGAUGAAGAGGAGCAGGGAGAGGAAGAACGCCCCAGAUACAAGCCAGUGGUCACACAACUCGCACCGCCAAAAAUCCCAGAAGGAGAGAGAGUUGACUUUGACGAUAUCCACAGGAAGAGGAUGGAGAAGGAUCUGCUGGAGCUGCAAACUCUGAUUGAUGUUCACUUUGAGCAGAGGAAGAAGGAGGAAGAGGAGCUGAUUGGACUCAAAGACAGAAUUGAGAGAAGGAGAUCAGAGAGAGCUGAGCAGCAGCGUGUGAGAGCUGAAAAAGAGCGAGACAGACAGACACGGAUUGCAGAAGAACGACAGAGGAAAGAGGACGAGGAAGCGAAGAAGAGAGCAGACGACGAGGCCAAGAAGAAGAAAGUGCUCUCCAACAUGGGCGCUCACUUUGGAGGAUUCCUUGCAAAGGAAGAACAAAGAAGAGGCAAGAGACAAACAGGAAGAGAGAUCAAGAAAAAGACUCUGGCAGAGAGACGGAAGCCACUGAGUAUUGAGAGCCUGAAGGAGGACGGCCUCAGAGAGAGAGCCAAGGAGAUGUGGGAAUGGAUCUAUCAGCUGGAAUCAGAGAAGUUUGACCUCACUGAGAAGAUGAAGAAACAGAAAUAUGAAAUCAACGUCCUGCUGAACAGAAUCCAACAUGCUCAGAAAUUUAAGAAAGGCCAUGGGAAGGGGAAGGUUGGAGGCCGAUGGAAGUGAGGUUUCCCACAUGGAAACUCAGGAGAAGAUUUUCCCCAGCUUGAGGAUUUAGCUGUAGUCAUUUUCUUGCGUUCAGCUCUUCAAGUUUAAUUGCCCAUUCAAUUAAUAAAACACUUGCUUCAAUUAAA